AUGCAUUAUCUUUCGUAUAUUGCUUUGGCCACGGCAAAGCUGGCUUCAGCCCUUCCUAGUUCCAACUCCGUUCAGUCUGUUAGCAUACAGCGUCGUGCGGCCUGUGAGGGCAACACUGCCACCACCCGCACUCAAUGGUGUGACUUGGACAUUUCAACAGACUAUUGGACCGAACCUGUCGACACUGGCAUCACUAGGGAAUAUUGGCUCGAUAUAAGCGACGCGACAGUCUCCCCUGAUGGCCGAUCGCGUUCUGCUAUGGCCAUCAAUGGCAGCAUCCCUGGUCCUACGCUAUUUGCCGACUGGGGAGAUAAUGUGGUUAUCCACGUUACCAACUCGCUUACGACAUCGCUAAACGGCACUUCUCUCCACUGGCACGGCAUUCGACAGAAUUAUACAAAUCAGCACGAUGGCGUUCCCGCGAUUACCCAAUGUCCUGUUGCUGUGGGGGACACUAUUACCUAUUCAUGGAAGGCAACGCAGUACGGCACCAGCUGGUACCAUUCUCACUUUGGCCUACAAGCCUACCAGGGGGUCUUUGGCGGUCUGAUUAUUAACGGUCCCGCCACAGCUAACUACGACGAGGACUUGGGCGUACUAUUCUUGAACGACUGGGACCUCCAGACAGUUGAUGAGCUCUACCCGUCCGCUGAACUGAAUGGUCCUCCGGCACUUGAGAAUGGGCUCAUCAACGGCACUAACGUCUACACCGACGAGGAUGGCAACGAAACCGGCAGCCGAUUCAACGUGACUUUUGAGCCGGGAAAGACAUACCGCCUGAGACUUGUCAACGCGGCCGUCGAUACGCACUACAAAUUUUCCAUCGAUAAUCACACCCUUACUGUCAUCUCUGGUGAUCUUGUGCCCGUUGAGCCUUAUACGGCUACUCACGUGGACGUGGCGAUGGGUCAGCGCAUCGAUGUGGUUGUCACAGCUGAUCAGGCUGCCGCGUCUGGUAGCUUCUGGUUGCGGGCUAUCCCCCAGUCUGCGUGCUCUGACAUCACCAACGGCGACAAUGUCCGCGGUAUUGUCUACUAUGGAGACAGCACCGAGACCCCAGAGACAACGGGCUAUACUUACACGGAUAGCUGUGGUGAUGAAACACCCAACAUGGUGCCCGCUGUCCCAAAGGAUGUCGAAGGGGCAAACUGGAGCGACUUUGAGGAUGCGGCUGUUGGGCGGAACAGCGCAGGGCUCUUCAAGUGGACGCUCAACACUACCUCAUUCCUGGUCGAUUGGGCAGAGCCAACCCUCGAGUCCAUCAUGGGUGGCGUGACCGAGUACACGACCCAAAACGCCGUCAUAGAGUUCUCAACUCUCCAGUGGGUGUACCUGGUUGUCCAGACGGCCAUCCCCGUCCCACAUCCGAUCCACUUGCACGGCCACGACUUCUUCGUCCUGGCUCAGGGUUCCGGCACGUACGACUCUUCGACUGUAACGCUGAACACAGACAACCCCCCUCGUCGGGACACGGCCAUGCUGCCAGCAUCAGGAUAUCUUGUCAUGGCAUGGGAGACUGACAAUCCUGGUGCAUGGCUCAUGCACUGCCAUAUCGGGUGGCACGUGUCCGAGGGCUUUGCAUUGCAGUUUAUCGAGCGGGUGGAUGAGAUUCCUGAGCUAGUUGAGGAGGAUCUCUUAUCGGAUGUGUGCACAGAGUGGGUUGCGCAUAGGGAUGGUUAUGCAAUUGUCCAGCAUGACUCGGGUGUGUAG